AGCGUAAAAGAGUUAAUAUCAAGAUAAUCAAUACUACUAAUGUCAUUGCGAUUAAUAAAAGAGCCGUACGAUUUUAACGAGGACGAUCGCAACGCGAAAACGAUCACGUUCCAGCGAAAUUGUGCACGAGCAUCGUGUAUACUUGAUACAUCCCUUUUAUCGACUUCCACCAGAGGAUAUCCCGGCAAAGUGCCGCGCGCCGUCAAGGCAACGAUUUUCAAAGUUCCAGCGCCAUUCCUGAUAUAUAUAGAAAAAAAAAAAGAAAAGAAAAGAAAAAAAGAAAAUGUUGGUAAAUUUUCUACGGUUUUUCCACGAAUUUUUCCACAAGAAGGAAUUCCAUUCCCUCUUUUGAAACAAUUUAUAUGCAUAUAUUUAGUACUUAUUCUAUUCAACCCAAACGUGACGAUCGUAACUCGAGAACCGUCUGGCUUUUGCCCCUCGGAAGUGAAAGGCCGGCCUUCGGAAAACGCUGCCUUAAUAUGGCUUUUAGAUGUGCGAAUACAAGGGACCGUUUCGUGCCGGAAAGUUUUCGUGCGGGAUCGAUAAAGUCGACGUGCCGUCCCGUCCUUCUCGUGAUUCACUUUUGGAAACGAUUCGUGGACAUUAUUGCCUUGCCGUAUUAAUGAUAUAAGUAUACUUGAGAAAACCUUUCGAGCGACAAUGCGAAUUACAAAAAUGCCGAGCCUCACGGGAUUAAGUUAUGAUAUUGUACGAAUAAAACGUCGAGAGAGAAAUCGAGCGAAUUAAUAGAUGUUCAAAUAUUAUAAAAUAUUCCCGUUUAACGUGCGUUCAACGUUUAACACGCAUUGUAAUUAUAAUAUACGAGUACAUGUAAUAUAUCAAAGAAAUUUCAUGAAGAAAAUCAAAAGUAGUAUGUAACAUGUGAUAAUUAAAGAAGGAUGGUUUGGUUAAACUUUGUAGAAUUUACUAACAAGUAUUGAUAUACCCAAAAGUACGUAUGUACACACUUAUAUAUACACAUAUAAAUAUUAUAAUUAAAAUAUUAAAUUGUUCUUCUUUCUUUCAAGAAAAGCUAAUGUUUAAUAUAUUUUUUAUCAAAGCAACUGUAAGAUUCAUUUGCCAAAAGAACUUUUCCUAGUUAUAGAAAUCCUUCGUACGUAUUAAAAGUUACAGUGAGUACGAAAGGUAUUCGUACAAGGAAAGUUUUUUUUAUAAAAAACAAAGCCUUAUUUGUAGAAAAUAAACG